GAGCAUUGUUUGAUGUUCUCUCUGAAUACCAACUUAAGUUUAGCACUGUGUCUCUGUUUUUGGGUGAUGUAUUUUGACGCUAAUUAGUCCGAAAAUCUACUUAAGCAGCUAUUGUCAGCAUCAAUGGAGAACAUGAUCAUGGGCUUUAUCUUCUUUCCAAUGUUGUUGAUGCAAUGCUUUAUGGCUGCCUUAGCCAUGUCUCAACCAAACUUCACUAUAGACCAACUUGCCCUUCUUGAAUUCAAAGCUCACAUCACUUCUGAUCCUUUUCAUAUCUUGUCCUCCAACUGGUCUUCCGCCACUUUAGUUUGUAGCUGGGUUGGUGUUUCCUGCAGUGCUCUUAAUCAUAGAGUCACAGCCUUGGAUCUUCCAAACAUGAACCUCAUUGGCAGCCUCUCUCCCCACUUGGGAAACCUCUCAUUCCUUGUUUCUCUCAACUUGAGUGGAAAUAAUUUCCAUGGUCACUUUCCUCCAGAGUUGGGGAAGUUACAACGUUUAAGGCUCAUGGACUUGAGCAAGAAUGUUCUUGACGGAAGCAUUCCAAAUGAGAUUUGGUUGCUUUCAAAGUUGGAGAUUUUUAGGGUUGGAAGCAACCGACUUACUGGAACUAUAUCCAGAAAUAUUGGGAAUUUAACUAAGCUAAGAAUAAUAUAUCUUGGAAAAACAAAAAUAAGAGGGGAAAUACCGCAAGAGAUUGGUAAUCUUCAUAACUUGGAGAAACUUUCAAUUGGAAAUGCAGGCCUCUCAGGUCCCAUUCUACCAAAUAUCUUCAAUAUCUCUUCCAUAAGAUGGAUUUUUCUAUAUAGAAAUAACCUCUCUGGUACCCUUCCUAUUGACUUGUGCUACCAUCUACCAAGUCUUGAAGAGCUUUAUCUAGAUGAGAAUCAAUUAAAUGGCUCAAUUCCUUCAAGUAUAGGCAGAUGCAAAAAGCUUCGGAUCUUGUCACUAUGGUCUAAUAGAUUCACUGGUUACAUCCCAAUAAGCAUUGGGAACUUAACCCAACUUGUUGAAAUACAUCUUGGUUCCAAUGAUUUGGAAGGGAAAAUACCACAAGAGAUGGGCAAUCUUCAAAAUUUGGAAAAAUUUUCAGCUGGAAAUGCAAGCCUCUCAGGUCCCAUUCCACCAAAUAUCUUCAAUAUCUCUUCCAUAAGAUGGAUUUCUCUUUAUAGAAAUAACCUUUUUGGUACCCUUCCUAUUGACUUGUGCUGCCAUCUACCAAGUCUUGAAGAGCUUAAUCUGGAUGAGAAUCAAUUAAACGGCUCAAUUCCUUCAAGUAUAGGCAAAUGCAAAAAGCUUCAGAUCUUGUCUCUAGUAUUUAAUAGAUUCACUGGAUAUAUCCCAAGAAGCAUUGGGAACUUGACCGAACUUACUAAAAUAAAUCUCGGUAGCAAUGACUUAGAAGGUGAAAUACCAGAGGAGGUUGGCGACUUACCCUUGAGACUUUUAUCUAUGGGAUACAACUUCUUGACUGGUUCCAUUCCUCCCGUCAUCUUCAACAUCUCAACCUUGGAAAUCAUUUUCUUAGGAAUGAAUAACCUUUCAGGCCAUCUUCCUUCAAACAUUGGACUUGGACUUCCAGAGCUUACCGAGCUAUAUUUGUUUCACAAUAAAUUUAGUGGCAUUUUCCCAAGUUCUAUCUCAAAUUCUUCCUUACUUACCUUUCUAGACCUAAGCACUAACUUGUUCUUUGGCCCUUUCCCCAAUUCACUUGGCCAACUAAGAUCCCUCAAAAAGCUUCGCCUUCGUGAAAACAUGUUCUUUGAAUUCUCCACUCCAGAAAGAAACUUUCUCUCCUCCUUGAUAAACUGCAAAUUUUUGAUAAAAUUAGAUAUAUCUUCUAAUUCAUUGAAUGGCAUCCUUCCAGCUUCAAUUGGGAACCUAUCCACAUCUCUUCAAUAUUUAACUGCACACGAUUGCAAAAUUCAAGGAAACAUUCCUCUAGAAAUUGGCAACUUGAGCAGUUUGAUAGUUUUGAGUCUUUCUUGUAAUUAUUUGACUGGACCAAUUCCAACAACAAUUGGAAGAUUGAAACAGCUCCAAGGUCUGUAUAUCAGCAAAAACAAGCUGCAAGGAGCAAUUCCAAAUGAAUUAUGUCAAUUAGAGAGAUUAUAUCAAUUGGAAUUGGAUUACAAUCAGCUAAAUGGAUCCUUGCCAGAGUGCUUAGCCAAUUUAACUUCUUUACGAUCCCUAUACUUAGAUUCCAACAAAUUAAUUUCCACCAUACCCUCAACCUUCUGGAGCCUUAAAUAUAUCUUGGAAGUAAACUUGUCCUCAAAUUUCUUCAAUGGCUCUCUCCCAUCAGAAUUCGGAAAUCUAAAGGUGUUGAUCAUAAUGGAUUUAUCUAGAAAUCAGCUAUCAGGCAAUUUGCCAAACAGAAUUGGGGAUCUCAAAGAUCUUACUUAUCUUUCCUUGGCAAGAAAUGUAUUAGAAGGUAACAUUCCUCAAUCACUCGAUGGAUUGGUAAGCUUAGAAUUUCUAGAUCUCUCUAACAACAUUCUCUUCGGAGUGAUUCCUAAGUUUUUGGAAAGACUUUUUUAUCUCAAAUUCUUCAAUGUAUCUUUCAAUAGACUUGAAGGAGAAAUCCCAACUGGAGGAUCAUUCAGAAACUUCUCUGCUCAGUCAUUCAUGGGAAACACUGCCCUCUGUGGUUUGCCAAGAUUUCAAGUGGCUCCAUGUAAGCUCCGUAAGACAUCAAUCCAUGUGCUAAUUGGAUUAGUGUUGUCACUUGUAACAGCUACCAUAUUGAUACUUUCCCUUGUCAUCGGCAUCAUCAUCUUCAAAAAACAACAUAAAUCAAAAGAAAAAUCCAUGGAUGAAGAAAAUUUGCCAAGUCUAGCAAAAUGGAAGAGAAUUUCAUACCAAGAGCUUCAACAUGCAACUAAUAAAUUCAAUGAAAGAAACUUAGUUGGCACGGGGAGUUUUGGGUCAGUAUAUAAUGGGACACUUCGCAAUGGAAUGAACAUUGCAAUAAAGGUCUUCAAUCUACAAAUAGAGGGUGUACUCGAGAGUUUUGACACAGAAUGUGAAGUACUAUGCAAUAUUCAACAUCGAAAUUUGAUCAAAAUCAUUAGCAGUUGUUGUAAUGAAGACUUCAAAGCCUUGGUGCUCGAGUUCAUGCCUAAUGGGACAUUGGAGAAGUGGUUAUAUUCUGAUGGAUAUCAUUUAAAUAUCCUACAAAGAUUGAACAUAAUGAUUGAUGUAGCUUGUGCUCUAGAAUAUCUCCACCAUGGACAUUCAGUUCCAAUCAUCCACUGUGAUCUGAAACCUAACAACGUGCUGCUUGAUGAAGAUAUGGUUGCACAUGUCGGGGAUUUUGGCCUUGCCAAGCUUCUAGGAGAAGGCACAUCUAUGACGCAAACAAUGCAAAUAGCCACUAUAGGCUACAUGGCACCAGAGUAUGGAUCUUUGGGAAUGGUUUCCAGAAAAGGGGAUGUUUAUAGCUAUGGCAUCUUAGUGAUGGAGAUAUUCACAAGACAGAAACCCACAACCAAAAUGUUUGCUGGAGAAAUGAGCUUGAAGUUUUGGGUGAAUGAGUCAUUAUCUCAUUCAGUGACUGAAGUUGUUGAUGCCACUUUGAUGGAGGACGAGGAGGAGGAGCAUUUCAUUGCCAAAGCAAAUUGUGUAUCAUCUGUUCUGAAACUAGCUUUGGACUGCUGUGCAGAAGCACCCAAAGAAAGAAGAAAUAUGAUGGAUGUUGUGGCAGUGCUUAAAAAGAUCAGAAAUCAGUAUCUUAAGGAUGUUAAGAGAGAUUGAGAAGAUCUUUUAAAUUAAAUACCUAGAAUUAGAGACUACCGUUGAAUUUAAGCUUUCGGAAUAAAGAAUACAGAUGGUA